GUUGGGCCCCCGGCCACCCGGCAGAGGAAGUGCCUCUGCCCGUGGGGGGCACUUCCUGAGAGGACGUUUCUACAGUGCAGGGCUCCCCAGGGGCACGCGGCGCUUGUCCUUGUUUCCUGGAGCGACUUCCGGGAGCCCUCCCUCCUGCCUGCUGGUUGUUCUGAGUGCUCGCUAGAGUCCGUCUUUCCGGACUGCUCCCCAGAGCACCCUCCGGGACCUCGUGCUUUCUCUCAGGAGCAGGCUUUCCUCUGGAACACGUCCUAGCCCUUGCUCGAGACAGUGAGAAAGCAGUCUGGCUCCUGAGAUCCACCCCUUAUGCCCCAAGGUCCAGAUGGCGGCCAACGUGGGUGAUCAGCGGAGCACGGAUUGGUCUUCUCAGUACAGCAUGGUGGCCGGGACAGGCAGAGAGAAUGGCAUGGAAGCUCCUAUGCAUGAGAACCCGGAGUGGGAGAAGGCCCGCCAGGCUCUGGCCAGCAUCAGCAAAGCAGGAGCCGCUGGCAGCUCCGGCAAGGCCAGCAGCAAUGGGCCUGUGGCCAGUGCACAAUAUGUGUCUCAGGCAGAGGCCUCAGCUCUGCAGCAGCAGCAGUACUACCAGUGGUACCAGCAGUACAACUAUGCCUAUCCUUACAGCUAUUACUACCCCAUGAGCAUGUACCAGAGCUAUGGUUCCCCUUCCCAAUAUGGCAUGGCCAGCUCGUAUGGCUCCACCGCACCCCAGCAACCAUCAGCACCCCAGCACCAGGGGACUCUGAGCCAGCCCCCAGUCCCUGGCAUGGAAGAAAGCAUGUCCUACCAGGCCCCCCCUCAGCAGCUGCCAGCAGCCCAGCCCCCUCAGCCCUCCAACCCCCCGCAUGGGGCUCAUGCUCUGAACAGUGGCCCCCAGCCUGGAACAGCCCCAGCCACACAGCACAGCCAGGCAGGGCCUGCCUCAGGCCAGGCCUAUGGGCCACAUGCCUACUCUGAGCCUGCCAAGCCCAAGAAGGGCCAACAGUUGUGGAACCGGAUGAAGCCAGCCCCGGGGACUGGUGGUCUCAAGUUCAACAUUCAGAAACGGCCCUUUGCUGUCACCAGUCAGAGCUUCAGCUCCACCUCGGAGGGCCAGCACAGCAGCUUCGGCCCCCAGCCCAACCCUGAGAAAGCCCAGAACCACAGGGGGAGCCUGUCGGGGAAGCCUGAUGAUUGGCCACAGGACAUGAAGGAGUAUGUGGAGCGCUGUUUUACUGCCUGUGAGUCGGAGGAGGACAAGGACCGGACAGAGAAGCUACUCAAGGAGCUGCUGCAGGCUCGGCUGCAGGACGGCUCAGCUUAUACCAUUGACUGGAGCCGGGAGCCCCUGCCAGGUGUGUUAGCUGAGUCGCCUGGGCUGACUCGGGAGCCUGUGGCUGAGAGCCCCAAGAAGAAGCGGUGGGAGGCCCCUAGCAGCCUUCAUCCUCCCAGGGGGGCAGGCUCAGCGACAAGGGGCGGGGGUGCCCAGUCCCAGCGAGGGACACCAGGGGCUGGGGGUGCUGGCCGAGCCCGGGGCAGCAGCUUCGCCAAGUUUGGCAACCGCAAUGUCUUCAUGAAGGACAACAGCUCUUCCUCCAGCACGGACUCCCGCUCCCGUUCCUCCUCCCGGUCCCCCACCCGCCACUUCCGCCGCAGUGACUCCCACUCGGAUUCAGACAGUUCUUACUCAGGGAAUGAGUGUCACCCUGUGGGUCGCAGGAACCCGCCCCCAAAGGGCCGAGGAGGUCGGGGGGCCCACAUGGAUCGGGGCCGAGGCAGGGCGCAGCGUGGAAAGAGGCAUGAUCUUGCUCCCACCAAGCGCAGCCGCAAAAAGAUGGCCACGCUAGAGUGUGAGGACCCUGAGCGUGAGCUUAAGAAGCAGAAGCGGGCGGCCCGCUUCCAGCAUGGACAUUCCCGCCGCCUGCGCCUUGAGCCCCUGGUGCUGCAGAUGGGCAGCCUGGAAAGCAGUGGUGCUGACCCUGACUGGCAGGAACUACAGAUUGUGGGCACUUGCCCUGACAUCACCAAGCACUAUCUGCGUCUCACCUGUGCCCCUGACCCAUCCACUGUGCGCCCUGUGGCAGUUUUGAAAAAGUCUCUGUGCAUGGUCAAGUCCCACUGGAAAGAGAAGCAAGACUAUGCUUUUGCGUGCGAGCAGAUGAAGUCAAUUCGGCAGGACCUGACGGUGCAAGGUGUGCGAACAGAGUUCACAGUGGAAGUAUAUGAGACACAUGCUCGCAUCGCCUUGGAGAAGGGUGACCAUGAGGAGUUCAACCAGUGCCAGACGCAGCUCAAGUCACUGUAUGCCGAGAACCUGCCAGGCAAUGUGGGCGAGUUCACUGCCUACCGGGUCCUCUACUACAUCUUCACCAAGAACUCAGGAGACAUCACCACGGAGCUGGCCUACCUGACUCGGGAACUGAAGGCAGACCCUUGCGUGGCUCACGCUUUGGCACUGAGGGCAGCCUGGGCUCUGGGCAACUACCACCGCUUCUUCCGGCUCUACUGUCAUGCGCCCUGCAUGUCUGGGUACCUGGUGGACAAGUUUGCAGACCGGGAGCGCAAAGCUGCCCUCAAGGCGAUGAUCAAAACCUUCCGCCCUGCGCUGCCAGUCUCCUACCUGCAGGCCGAGCUGGCCUUCGAGGGCGAGGCCGCCUGCCGGGCCUUCCUAGAGCCCCUGGGCCUGGCAUACACGGGCCUGGACAACGCCAGCAUCGACUGCCGCCUCAGCCUGGCGCAGCUGUCAGCCUUCUGAGCACCAGCGCGGAUGGGGUGGGGUGGGGUGGGGGCAGGGCUGUGGCCCCCCAGCGCCGCCUUUGCCGAUUUUGUUUUUGAGCCAUGGACUUGGGUUGUAAAUUAAUUCAUGGGGAGUGGGCUCCAGGAAGAGCCGCCAUCCCUGUCCCCGUUUUCCCACCGGGGAGUCUGUACAGAGAUUUUUUCUACAUUUUUAUUUUUUGUCUCAGAGGAGUGGGAUUGGGGGAGGAUGGGGUGGGACAGCGGAGGGUUGGGGGCAUGGUCUGUAGGCUGCUCUGUGUCCACCUGGCACCUCCACUAAUGCUGUCUCAGUGUUUUCUCUCUCUCUCUCUCGAGCUUGUACUCCGGUACCGACCUGGCACCCUGGCCCAUCCCAUGCCCAGGGGGCCGGAAGAAGACAGGCCACUCCGCCCGUGCCCGCCCGUGGCGGGGCCACCAGCACAGCAGCCCGCCACCCGCCACCUGCCUGCCUCACCACAGACUCUUAUUGCCCAGCCCUCUGGGGCCUCAGUAUUCGGGGCUAGGGGAGCCAUGUAGAGACUGUGCCCCACCCUCAGCCCCCCACGCCAGAAAUGCCGCCGCCAAGCCAGCACCACAUCCACGCCGACACUGCGCACUGAGGACUCCGGAGGCCAUCGCGGGACCUCGGCCGGGCCGCCUCGUCUACAGUUGUAUUAAGUUGUCUCCGUGUCCCUCCUCCCUCCACCCCCGUGUUUCUUCUGGUUUUUUUUUUCCUUCCCUUCCUCCUCUUCCUGCUCCCCAACCCUUCUUUGGUUCAGCACAGGUAAAACGGUUACCCUCCCUCCCUCCCUGCCUCCAUGGAUCACCAGCUCACGUCAUGUUUCCUUCUCUUUUCUUUUUGUGUGUGUUUAAGUUAGUUUUCUUCCUCCCCUUUUUCUUUUUGGCCCUCCCCCCUCUUCUGCCAUGUAACUGGAGGAUGUGCGAUGAGUUUGCAAACAGCUGGACUGUCAGGCUGCUUUUUUUCCAGAUGUUCCUCCUCUGCCUCCCCUCCCUUCCCUUUCCCCUCCCUUCUCCUUCCUUCAUUCUUUCCUUGGAUCACUGAGCACCAUUUGGAAGCUUGAGAGAAACCAAAAUUAAAGAGAGAGAGAGAGAGA